UCCUUGUGCACCGUUGUUGAAGAUAUGAACUUGCUGCAACGGAAGGUAUACUUUUGGCACUGGAGCAAAGAGCCGAUGGGCGUUUUGUGUCGUUUAGAUUCGAAAAUGUUCGCACUAUUCAAAGAUGCUCAAACGGAAGACGAGCUACUGAAGUCGGUCAGCUUGGAGAAUGGUAAACAGGGAACGGCCGUUCGAAUUUCGGCCGACGCAUGAUUGUCGAAUAGUAUCACACAUUCCUAUAUGGAAAUAUGAGUAAUAAUACAUCAUACGACUGUUUUUACUUGAAGAAAGGAAAAGUCUGAUCACUUUUACUCGAAGCUUUGAAACGGUGAUAUAUCGAAGAUUCACUCUCAAUCAGUGCUGAUUUUACCAGGAAUCAAUCUCAAAUCAGCACAUAAUAAAAUCGCGCUCAGUCUCGAUUGAUCGAUCCGGACACGAUAAAUGCCUCUGUUUUCUGUGAAGACCUUAAUUUUGUAAACACUUACAUCGUAUAAUUUUCGAGAGGAUUGACACGAAAUCAUUUCAUAAGACGUAAUUCCACUAAAAACUAACCUAAUGAAGAGUCGAACAAACGUAGAUAACUCACCAUUUCACAGUUUAGGGAAAAAUUUGUUAUGUAUUCUGCAUGAUCAAAAAGUUUGUAAAGUUUGUACUCCUGUAUAGAAAAUGCUUAUAACUUUAGUUUAAUCGAUACCACUAUUAAGACGAAUUGUUAAUAUUAUUGUUAAUUCUGUUCAUGUCACAAGCAGCAAAGAAUAUUUAUUGUACGAUGUAAAAUCGUCCAGUAUAUAUGUAUGUAUACAUAAGGUCUCUUUUUUCGUAUAAAAUAAAAUCAUUUAUCAAACAGAGCUCGUGUUUUGAA